AUGACUUCACCAAUUUUAUACUUAUAUCCUUCCCAAACCCCAUUCGCCCUGCAGUGUUGGGAUGAUGUGGACGAUGUAAAGAGGGAGGUGCAUGUGCUCGAGACUCUCCGGGGACACCCCCAUGUCGUCUCCAUCAUCGAGACCAUUGAAGAUGAAAAAGAAGUGCACAUCAUCAUGGAACUGUGCGAAGGAGGAGAGCUGUUCGACCGCAUAUUGGAGAGGAAGUACUACGGAGAGAGGCAGGCGGCCAAGGUGAUCCGGUCGGUGGUGGAGGUGCUGGAUUACUGCCACCAGCGGGGGAUCGUGCACCGCGACUUAAAGCCCGAGAACAUCCUGCUCGUGUCCAAGAGGAGCGACACACGGUGCAAAGUGAUCGACUUUGGCAUGGCCUUCUGCCUCAAGCCAGAUGAGCGCUGCAAGCUGCGGGCCGGCACGCCCAACUACAUCGCUCCAGAAGUCAUAGCCAAGAACUAUGGAGCAGAGGCGGACGUGUGGAACGCCCAACUACAUCGCCCCAGAGGCGAGCGCUGCAAGCUAAGGGCCGGAACGCCCAACUACAUCGCUCCAGAAGUCAUAGCCAAGAACUACGGCGCAGAGGCGGACGUGUGGAGCGCAGGAGUCAUCCUUUACGUGCUACUUUGCGGGUUACCCCCGUUUUGGGGGGAUACCACGGAGGACGUGUUCAAGAGCAUCUUGUGGGAGGAGCUGGAUUUUGAGACGGAGCCAUGGCCGGUUGUGAGCACUGCUGCUAAGGAUCUGGUGCGCCGCAUGCUCACCCGCAAGUUCGACCGGCGAAUCACUGUGGCUGAGAUUCUGAGUAAGUCGGUGGGUCAGCGCCGCAUGCUCACCCGCAAGUUCGACCGGCGGAUCACUGUGGCUGAGAUCCUGAGUAAGUCGGUGUUGGGGGUGGGGGCGGUGUGCUUCUGUGGGGGAAACCUGGGGCUGAAUUGGCCUGGAAAACCCAACCAAAUAGAACCAAACCGCUCAGAACCACAGAGGACGUGUUCAAGAGCAUCUUGUGGAGAAAUCAGAGAAGAUGAGAACGAGGCCUGGUGGUGGCAGGCUCCCACCAACUCCCUGCAUCCUUCCCCAAACCCUCUUCUCCCCCCCCCCACGGUGGAGAUUCUUAGAGAAGAGCACCCAUGGAUCAAGGCACUGACAUGA